GUCAUCAACAAGUACUAUGACCCUGAAUGUUUCGCUAAGAGUCAUUUGUAGACCAAGUGCGGCCUGAAAUUCGGAGCCGGCUGAUAUACUUAUUAUUUGUUUACCUCUUGGCCUUGUAUACUCAUCUUCCUUCCUGUAUUUCUGCCUCUAACGCUCUAUACGACUCUAAUCAUGAGCAGACUCAAUGCUGGUGCUUUCGAAUUCGUUCCUGGAAGGGCCUUUGGUGUCCAACCACCUGUACAACAGCCCCUCCCGCCUCCGCCAGUGGAGCGCCCAGAGCAGCUCGAAGCACCACCACCACCGCCCACUAUAUCGUUAAAUAUUGGCGGUUCUAGACCAUCUCCUUCCCUUACGCCUACUCCAGCACCAACAGCUGCAAAGCGAACACAAGAGAAGCCCAAGGAGACAUCGUCGCCUUCGCAUACGCCAAAACCCAAAAAUGACCAUGCUCCUCCAUCCAAGUCGUUCUCCCUGGAAAAGGCCAAGACCGACACUAAUGCUAUAGCCCAGGAGGUGAAGACUGUCGCCGAUCAGACUGUUCUUGAUGAUCUUUAUGGUUCAGUUAAAGAGCAUUUAAACAUCGUUUUCAUUGGACAUGUAGAUGCUGGGAAAAGUACCAUGGGUGGAAAUCUUCUGUUCAUGACUGGCAUGGUCGACAAGCGGACGAUGGAGAAGUACGAGAAGGAGGCGAAGGAUGCUGGCCGAGAAACGUGGUAUCUCAGCUGGGCUCUCGAUUCUACACCCCAAGAGCGUGCUAAAGGAAAGACUGUCGAAGUCGGCCGCGCAUACUUCGAAACGGAAGUCCGUCGAUACACCAUUCUGGAUGCACCGGGCCACAAGACAUUCGUGCCAUCUAUGAUUUCUGGCGCCGCCCAGGCUGAUAUCGCCAUUUUGGUAAUAUCCGCCAGAAAGGGAGAAUUCGAGACUGGUUUUGAGAGGGGAGGGCAAACGAGAGAGCACAUCAUGUUGGUCAAGACCGUUGGUGUGUCCAAGGUCAUCAUUGCAAUCAAUAAAAUGGACGACCCUACAGUCCAGUGGGACAAAGGGAGGUUCGAUGAGAUCAAGGAUAAGCUGACGCCUUUUGUCAGGGCGGCAGGCUUCAAUCCCAAGACCGACAUAACUUUCAUUCCCAUUUCCGCCUAUACCGGUCUCAACCUCAAGGAUCCUGUAUCCAAGAGUGUGUGCCCUUGGUGGACAGGAACAUCCUUCUUAUACCACCUAGAUCAUAUGCCCAUGGUUGACCGCAAGAUCGAUGCUCCUCUAAUGAUGCCUGUCUCUGAAAAAUACAAAGAGCUUGGUACAGUCGUCGUUGGCAAACUCGAAUCUGGUCACAUCCGCAAGGGAGAUACCUUAACCCUCAUGCCCAACAAAGACGUCGUUGAAGUCUCCGCCAUCUACAAUGAAAUGGAAGAUGAAGUCAACUCUGCUUUCUGUGGCGACAAUGUCCGCAUCCGUCUACGUGGUGUCGAUGAUGAAGAUAUUUCUCCCGGAUUCGUGUUAACUAGUCCCCAGAGACCCAUCCAUGCUGUAAGGCAGUUUGAAGCACAGUUGGCGAUUCUAGAGCACAAGAGUAUCAUUUGCGCGGGAUAUUCGGCUGUCAUGCACGUACACACUUUGGCUGAGGAAGUUGUGCUAACACAACUGUUGCACUAUUUCGACAAAAGCACGGGUCGCAAGUCUAAAAAGCCGCCACAAUUUGCCAAGAAAGGCCAGAAAAUCGUAGCUCUGAUAGAAACAACACUACCAGUCUGUGUGGAACGGUUUGCAGACUACCCUCAGCUUGGGCGAUUCACACUUCGAGAUGAAGGAAGGACCAUCGCUAUCGGCAAGAUCACCAAGCUGGUGGAAGGACCUGUCGAAGAAGUCACAGAAGGUGUUUCAGGUAUUGCAGUUGCUUAAAGAAAUUGAUAUAGAUGUGUAGUCCAUAGUAUAUUACAUUGAAAUGUAUAGCAGAACUGUAUAUUGGCGUCCACGACGGAAAAGUAACGUUG